CUCGUCCUCCGCCGCCCCGGCGGCUCCGCGCAUCGAGCAGUCAUCUCCAUGGGCUGCCACCAUGCCCGCGCCCUGGAGAUUUCGGGCCAAGCUGGUUUUGCAGAACACUGGGAAUAAGCGGUAUGUCAGAUAUGGCUGAGGCUCCGAAGAUGAUCCGCAUGUUUUACGUUUUUCACAAAUUUGGGGAAGUAAAAUGUACGCUUGCUGCUCCACAGUAACUUUGGAACAGGACCUCAACAAAAAAAUGCAUAUCUGGAUGCUGCAGACAAUCGUGUUUGCUUUAACAUCGCUAGUCCUUUCGUGGGCAGAAAGCAUCGAGUAUUAUGGGGAAAUCUGUGAUAAUGCAUGUCCUUGUGAGGAGAAGGACGGCAUCUUAACAGUGAGUUGUGAAAACAGAGGGAUUAUCAGCCUUUUUGAAAUCAGUCCACCAAGGUUCCCUGUCUACCACCUCUUGUUGUCUGGAAACCUUUUGAACAGGUUAUACCCAAACCAGUUUGUCAAUUACACAGGGGCUUCAAUUUUGCACCUGGGGAGCAAUGAUAUUCAAGACAUUGAAACUGGGGCCUUUCAUGGUCUGAGAGGUUUGAGGAGACUGCAUUUGAACAACAACAAGCUGGAACUUCUACGGGAUGACACCUUCCUUGGGCUAGAGAGUUUGGAAUACCUACAGGUUGAUUACAAUUAUAUUAGUAUCAUUGAACCUAAUGCCUUCAGCAAACUUCACUUGCUGCAGGUGCUGAUCCUCAAUGACAACCUCCUCUCCAGUUUGCCCAACAACAUUUUCCGUUUUGUGCCCUUAACUCACCUGGACCUGAGGGGUAACCGGCUGAAGCUAUUGCCCUAUAUUGGCCUCCUGCAGCACAUGGAUAAAGUGGUGGAGCUGCAGCUGGAGGAAAACCCGUGGAAUUGUUCUUGUGAGCUGAUUGCUCUAAAGGAUUGGCUGGACAGCAUCUCCUACUCCGCACUGGUGGGAGAUGUGGUUUGUGAGACUCCUUUCCGCCUGCAUGGUCGAGACUUGGAUGAAGUCUCCAAACAGGAGCUUUGUCCCAGGAGACUCAUCUCGGAUUAUGAAAUGAGGCCGCAGACACCACUGAGCACUACAGGGUAUUUCCACACCACCCCAGCCUCAGUCAACUCUGUGGCCACUUCUUCUUCAGCUGUUUACAAAUCCCCUCUGAAGCCCCCCAAAGGGACGCGCCAACCCAACAAGACGAGGGUGCGACCCACCUCCCGUCUGCCCUCAAAAGACCUGGGAUACAGCAACUACGGCCCCAGCAUCGCCUACCAGACCAAAUCCCCGGUGCCUUUGGAGUGCCCCACUGCCUGCACUUGCAACUUGCAGAUUUCUGACCUGGGCCUCAAUGUCAACUGUCAGGAGAGAAAGAUCGAGAGCAUUUCUGAGCUACAGCCCAAGCCCUACAAUCCUAAGAAGAUGUACCUGACAGAAAACUACAUUGCCCUGGUACGCAGGGCAGAUUUUGUGGAUGCCACUGGGCUGGAUUUGCUGCACUUGGGCAAUAAUCGGAUCUCGGUCAUUCAGGACCGAGCUUUUGGGGAUUUAACUAAUUUGCGAAGGCUGUACCUGAAUGGGAACCGAAUUGAGCGGCUAAGCCCAGAGCUGUUCUACGGGCUGCAAAGUCUGCAGUACCUCUUCCUGCAGUACAAUGUCAUCCGGGAGAUAGAGGCAGGCACCUUUGAGCCUGUACCCAACCUUCAGCUCUUAUUUUUGAACAACAACCUCCUCAGAUCUUUGCCUGGGAACAUUUUUUCUGGUCUCUCUCUCUACAGGCUGAGCCUACGGAGCAACCACUUCUCCUACCUGCCAGUGAGCGGGGUGCUGGACCAGCUGAAAUCCCUGCUGCAGAUCGAUCUGCACGACAACCCGUGGGACUGCACCUGCGACGUGGUCGGCAUGAAGCUGUGGCUGGAGCAGCUCAACACCGGUGUCCUGGUGGACCAGGUCAUCUGCGAGUCCCCGAAGAAGUUCUCCCAGAGCGACAUGCGAGCCGUUCGGGCUGAGCUGCUGUGCCCCGACUACUCCGACAUCGUCGUCUCCACGCCCACGCCGUCCCCGGGCCAACUGCCGGCCAGGACCACCCCUUCCUCCUCCACCGUGCGCCUCAACGGCACGGCGGCAGCGGGCGGCACAGCGGCGGGCGGCGGGGGCGGCUCCUCGGUGCCGCUCUCGGUGCUGAUCCUCAGCUUGCUGCUGGUUUUCAUCAUGUCCGUCUUCGUGGCGGCGGGGCUCUUCGUGCUGGUGAUGAAGCGCCGCAAGAAGGGCCAGGGCGACCACGCCAGCGCCAACAACUCCGACGUCAGCUCUUUCAACAUGCAGUACAGCGUCUACAGCGGCGGCCACCACCAGCACCACCACCACCCGCACCUCCAGCAGCACCCACCCCGCGGCGGCGGCGGGGUCGGGGGGGGCGCGGCGCUGCCCAAAGUAAAAACCCCGGCUGGCCAUGUUUACGAGUACAUCCCGCACCCACUGGGCCACAUGUGCAAGAACCCCAUCUACCGCUCCCGGGAGGGCAACGCAGGCGAGGAUUACAAAGACCUCCACGAGCUCAAGGUCACCUACAGCAGCCACCCCCUGACCCCUGCGGGGGGAGCGCCGCCGCCCCCACCGCCCCCACCAGCUCCAAGCGGGGAGGACGCGCCCGGGCGCAGCCCCGCGUAUAGUGUGAGCACCAUCGAGCCGCGGGAGGAGCUGCUCUCCCCGGUGCAAGACGCCGACCGCUUUUACAGGGGCAUUUUGGAGCCCGACAAACACUCUUCCUCCUCCGCGCUGGGCACACCCGGCUCCACCCUCCCCGACUUCCCCAAGCUCCCCGCUGCCUACACCUAUUCCCCCAACUAUGACCUUAGGCGUGCCCACCAGUAUUUGCACCCGGGGCCGGGGGACAGUAGGCUCCGGGAGACGGUGCUCUACAGCCCCCCGAGUACUGUCUAUGUAGAGCCCAACAGGAACGAGUACCUGGAGCUAAAAGCAAAACUAAAUGCAGAACCGGACUACCUCGAAGUGCUGGAAAAACAGACCACAUUCAGCCAGUUCUGAGAAACAGUGCUCUUCCCCUUCCCUGCCAACCAUAGCAGCUCCUUCUCUAGAGUAUUUGUAUUUAAUAACCACAUGCAAAACAAAGAAACGUAAAUGCUGACCUCCCCUUGCCCCGCCUCGCCCCCUCUUUUUUCUCUCUUUAAUUCAUUUUAUUGUAGGGUGAAGUGCCUUGGCACAAGAUUUUUCAGCUUUGGGGAAUGAUUCUGAAACAGUGUGCUGUUUUGUUGGGUAUUAUUUUACUUUUUUUCUUUAUUUUCAGAUUAUUUUUUUUUUUUCAUUUUCUUUUUCUUCCUUUUUUUACUUUGUCUUUUACUCUGUUAGGAAAUAGAAAACCACCUAUUGUGUAAAAUGGACACAGUACUGGCAUUGUACAUGUGUCCAUGUGUGCUUGGGGAAGGUAACAGGAGGGUCUUGUCAAUUCAUAUUCAGAUUACAAGUAAAAAAGUCUCAAUCGAUUUCUUCCUCCUUUCCUUUUCCUUUCCUUUUCCUUUCCUUUCCAU